AUGGAGUAUGAUGAGGAGUGCCGUCCGAAACGUCGGCACAAGAGCUGGGUCGCUGACGUGAACCGCCGCCGCCGAGCUCGGGGGGAAUUUUUCAACCUCGUACAAGAGUUGCGUACCAACGACCCUGAGCGGCACCGCACCUACUUCCGGAUGACCCGCGACACUUUCGAUCUCCUUCUUAGCAAGAUCGGGCCAACUAUCGCCAGAAAACACACCAACUUCAGAGAGCUCAUCGACCCCGCGCAGCGCCUGGCCGUUACCCUUCGGUAUCUGGCGUCAGGGAUGGAGUUUUCGGCUCUAGCUCCCACGUACCGCCUGGGAGAGAAGACGGUCCGCGCCAUAGUCUACGACACGUGUGCCGCGAUCAUCACCGCCGUCGGUCCGGAGGUGUUGGCCUCCCCUACUCGCCAUACCUGGGAGAGGAGCGAGGCCACCUUCCGAGACCGGUGGAACUUCCCAAACUGUGUGGCAGCACUCGACGGAAAACAUGUCGUCCUGCAGGCGCCAGCCAACACCGGCAGCGAAUAUUUCAAUUACAAACACACGUUCAGCACGGUUCUCCUGGCCGCUGUGGACGGCGACUACCGAUUCGUAUACGUGUCGGUGGGAAGUGCCGGCAGGGAAUCGGACGGCGGCGUAUUCCGCCGCAGCGACCUGGCCGCCGCCCUCCGAGACGACUCUCUGCAGCUGCCGCCGCCCAAAGCCCUGCCCGGGACCAACACCAUCAUGCCGCACGUCAUCGUCGCCGACGAGGCGUUCCCGCUCACCACCGCCAUCAUGCGGCCGUAUCCCGGGCGUACAGAGGCAAGACUUGGAGUCCGAGCCACGGUAUUCAACUACCGCCUCUCGCGCGCUCGUCGCAUCGUGGAAAAUGCUUUCGGCAUUCUCGCACAAACCUGGCGGAUAUAUCGUCGGCCAAUGAACGUGAACGUCCAGCACGCCUGCAAGAUCGUGCACGCCACGUGCAUUUUGCACAACUUCCUCCACGCGGACGAAGUCGUCGCACUGCAGGGAAGGCCUGAACUCGACCAGCAAGAUCGAGCCACCGCCCCGGCCGGGCUGGCUGACGCGCUCCACCGUCUCGGGGCCAACAACUACACGCGAGCUGCCGAGCACGUGCGCGAUCAGUUCGCGCGCUACUUCGCCGGUGAGGGCGCUGUACCAUGGCAGAUGGAGCACGCUGUCUGA